AUGCCUCCUCGCCCUGCCACGACCAAGCGACAGCCAGGUGUUGCGAACCAGCGCGAUACUAGACAUGAGAGUGGUCUCGUAGGACCUGGCAAGAGGGUGCAGAGACAGAGGAGCAAUGGUCACAUCAAUGGAUCCGCCAAGCCCGCAGACAGCAGUUCGUCAACACCACCGCCGAUGCCUUCCAGUCCUCCGCCAGCAACAAACGGAAAUGCGCGACAGUUGCAUAUGGGUGAUGGAAAAUCCGCAGAUGUCAAGAUGGGGUCUCGCCCGGCUCGAAGGCCAUCGUUUGGUGCCACUUCCGAGUCCUCCUCAUCCGAUUCAUUUCACAACCACCCAACCAUUUCCGUUUCCCAGGAGAACCACCGCCGAAUCGAUGUAAAUGCUACCAAGAAUCCCGCGGUGCACCGUGAUCUUGGUCCUCUCAAUCUCGCGCUUACCGUCCUCCGGUCGUGCCCUCUCUACGACACCAUUGCCAUUCUCAUCGUCCUCCUACAGCUUCCACCCACCGUCCUCUCGAUCGUACACCUCCUGUUCGCCACUUUGACCUUCGUGCCGGCGUCAGGAUCCACCACUUCUGGAAUGGGUUUCUCCGAUAUCUUUGAAGGGGCCAUGGGCACGCCUUCGGUUGCUACAAUUGUGGUAAUCGACAUGAUUGUCUUGCUUAUAUGGCUCUUCCUAUGGACCCCAAUUCAAGAGAUAGCACUGGACCUCGCGCAAACGGUGAUCGCCCUCACAUUAGGAGGAGGUACGAGCAGUAGGGAAGCGGGGAUAAAAAAUGUGCUAGUCUGUUUUAGUCUUGUAGGGGCUUCUCAUUUCGCUCGCAACGGGGAUGCGAAGCAAUCGGGAAUUCGCGCGCUGAUAUCUUCGUCUUCGAACCGUAUACUUGGAGCUUCCCCGGACCCGGACGACCCUCUCGAGCCAAUUGCACCGACCAGGAGUAAGAAGGGGGGUAUGCAUAUGUGGAUACAGAAUAUCUUAGCUGUUCACAUUCUUACGCAGGGCGUUGUACGAUUCAUUCGAGAUUUAUAUGUUCAAGGAAAAUUAAGAGAAAAAAGAGAGACAUCCACAUCAAUUAGCGACCCCGAAGCAGGCAAGGUGUCAGGAGAUUCUACCAAUGAUUCUUCCACGCCAAGCACACAGACCGUCGACGAUUCGGUGAACUUCACGUCGGGCACCGCUGGGAAUUCGAAAAAGAAGAGAAAGCAAAAUGCACAGGUUCGUGUGAGGCAGCCGCUGUGGGCAGCAUUAGCAAGUACGAAAAUCGUGAUGAUCAAAGAGUAUGAAACAUCACACACGGCAGCCGAGUCUGCUGGAGCAAAUGCUAAAGGUAUUCACAACCUCGGAAAUGCACCGUUUAAUACCGAGGCGGAUCGUAUUUGGAUCACACAUGUGGGUUCGGACGAGAUUUGCUUCAGCACGAGCUAUUUUCCAUUUUAUACGUCGGAGGAGUGCGAGGAGAAAACAGUGGAUUCAUCAGGAAUUGACAAGUCGAAGCCAUUCAUGGUUCGAAUCAAUAAAGCUAGUUGGAGAUUCGUGGAAAUUGAGAGCAACGAUGAAUCCGGAGCGUCUACCAGCCAAGACAAGCGAUGGAGGGGGAGAAUCAAAGGUCUAGCAGCUGCUUCCAAUUUUGAGUGCGAGUUCUUAAGCACCGUGGAUAACAGCGUCAUCUUUUCAACCAGUGUUCGGACUCUGCCACUCGCCAACACCGAUACGUCUGGUGCGAUAUCGCCGCUUCCUCAAGGACGACCAGGCUCUCCAACCUCGACCUUAAAAAGCGCGAUUGCAACCGCCGAGGAGAAGCUAACGGACGAGCGAAACAGAUGUAAAAAGGAGCGCAAAGACCAUAAAUCAAAGCUGAAUGCUAUCAAAAAGGAAAUCGAGAGACUUGCAAACAGUAUGUCGACUUCUGGAGGAAACGAUGAUCGAACCAAGCAAAAGAUUCAGCAGAACAACCUGCACAUGAAGCAAGCCGAAGAUGCGCUCCUUACUUUGGCGGACGAAAUCAAAGCAAUAGAGGUCAUUCCCGCUGAAGACAUUGCAAAUCAUUCAUCAUCAAAGUCCGAGUACUAUGCUGAAAAGGACAAGCACAAGAAAUUUCGCGCUGAGAUUCAAGAGGUCCGCGAAGCAGCUGAACGCGACCUUUCGUCUUUGAACAGUGAUCUCACCACAAUCCAAGGCAAGAAGGAGCGCGCUCAAGCUAGGAUAGCUAAAUUGAAUGGCGAACACGAGCGCAUCACCGAUGCUAAUGCCAAGGGUCUGGAUGAGGCACAGAGAAAAGAACGUGAGAGGCUGAACAUAGAACAGGAGAGGGCAAAUAUAGAAUCUUACUAUAUUGGUCACCUCACUACUUAUGAAGCUCAGAUAGCCGACCUCAACGCAAGCAUUCAAAGUCUUCUUGCCGGAAUUGCGGAAUUGGAGCAACGAGAAGCCUAUGCCAACACAAGUCCGUCCGCGAGCGUCCCGAACCUUCACGCCCACUCUCCCUUUGCCCCGGACAUGAUGACAGAAGGUCACUCUUCUACAGCUUAUCCAUGGAAUCCACCUGUCUCAAAUCCGACUGGACCAUUCGGCGCUUAUGGCCCUCCUCCGAUGCCACCGCCACAAAGCUUUCGCACCCGCGGUCGAAGCAGCAGCAUGCUGAGCAACUUGUCCAGUUUUACUCAGAGCGAUGAUGAAGGGCCUCCCCUAAAUUAUGCUCAGAUGGGUAAAGCUGUUUGGGAUACUUACGACAAGGAUCGGCAUGGUAGCAGUGGAAGCGGUAGUGGUCCUGGUAGCGUGAGCGAUCCUAAAAGUCCUGUUGUGGGAAUUAGCAAGCUUGCGAGAUGA